AUGGUUGCUCCGACGUGCAGAGAAUUACAGGAUACUAACAAUAGACAACAGGGAGAAAUCGAUUCCUUACAUCAAAAGGUUAAUCAGCUAGCCUUACAACUCAAUACAACAUCGACUAAGGAGGAUGUACAAACAGUGAAGAUGGAGGUUGAAAAGAUUAUACAGUCUCUUCGAUCUGAAUUCGAGAAGACUUUGAGAUCUCAGCUGACAAAUUUUUUUUCUCACAAUCCAUAUCCGGGGGAAGCAGAAGGUUCUACAGGUGGUUAUGCUCAUACUGAAGGUAACGAUUUGUUUGCUCACACCAACAUUCGUAACCCUCACUCAAUUAAUCAUAUUCCUAAGCUCGAUUUCCCUAGAUUCGACGGAGAGAACCCAAAAAGUUGGAUACAGAAAUGUGAGUAUUAUUUUCAGAUGCAAGGCGUUCCAGACGUCAAUCGAACACGAAUGGCUGCUAUUCAUCUGGAUGGAAAAGCAACUAAGUGGUAUGCCAAUCUCUGUAUUACCCAACCCCAUAUUUCUUGGACUUGCUUUUGUGAAAAUAUUUAUGCUCGUUUUGAGAACCCAGCUCAUGAUAAUAUUGUGGGUUUAUUCAAUAAGUUGGUUCAGUUGACUACAGUUGAGGCUUAUUUUGAAGAAUUUGAAUAUUUGAAGGCAUUGUUAUUGAGUGUUCACCCACACUUCCCUGAAACUUACUUUAUAGAUAGUUUCAUUGGUGGCCUGAAGGAAGAACUAAGGGGUUCAGUACUAAUGUUUAACCCACAGACAUUGUUAAAUGCUUUUUCCCUUGCUAGAAUGCAAGAACAAACACUGAGCUUACAGCAUAGGGUGACCAAGUACCCACAAAAACAAAUUCAUACACCCAUUAAUUCUAGCAGGCCCUCCACUUCAGCCUCCUUCACCUCAACGCCACCUCCUCACCCAGCUCCUACUCCACCAGUUCCAAAGUCUAAUACCAUCAUUCCACUUAAAAAACUUACACCUGAACAAGUGCAAUCCAGGAAGGCCCAAGGCUUAUGUUUCAAUUGUGAUGAUUAUUAUAGACGAGGUCACAUUUGCAAGAAACAAUAUCUUUGUGUUCUGAUUGAUGAAGAACCUUCAGGCAGUUCAGAGCAAGAGGAUGGGUUAAUUAUGGACACAGAGGAAGUACCUGCUGUAGAAAGUGAUAUGGAGAUCUCCUUGCAUGCCCUGACAGGGACUGUAUCGGCUGAUACCAUUAGAAUUCCUGGUAUACUGCACAAGAAUCCCAUCUCUAUCCUCAUUGAUACAAGUAGCACUAACAGUUUCAUUGACAGUGCUCUGGCAAAGGAACUCCAAUGUCCAGUGACCCACACUGCUAGCUUACUAGUGACUGUGGCCAAUGGAGAGAAAAUAAUAAGCUCAGGUAUAUGUUCUCAACUUAAUUGGUCAAUGCAGGGACAUAAAUUUUGUGGGGACUUACGACUAAUUCCAUUGGGGGGUUGUGACAUUGUUUUGGGGGCUGACUGGCUCAGAAAUUUGGGUGAUGUCUUAUUCAAUCUUUCCAAGCUCUGUAUUACAUUCACAUAUAAGGGUAGGAAGAUCACUCUUACUGGAGCUCCACAAAAAUCUUCUCUGAGCAUGAUGAGUGGUUCAACAGUUAGGAAAUUCCUUCAAAAACACUCACAUGGGUUGGUAGGCCAAUUAUUCUCCAUCUCUUCCCAACCUCCUCCUUCACCACCACCCCAAAUUUCUUCCUUGUUAACUCAUUACAAGGAUGUCUUUCAUGUGCCAACAAAACUUCCUCCUACAAGGGCCCUAGACCAUAAAAUACCAUUGAAACCAAACUCAGAACCAGUUAAUCUCAGGCCUUACAGAUCCCCCUAUUUGCAGAAGGCAGUGAAAUACAACUCUUGGAGGUUCUGUGUAGACUAUAGGAAACUCAACAGUCUCACCAUCAAGGAUAAAUUUCCCAUUCCAGUCAUUGAUGAGCUCCUAGAUGAACUGCAUGGUUCCAAAUUUUUUACCAAGCUUGAUCUUAAGUCAGGUUAUCAUCAAAUUAGAGUCUCCCCUUAUGAUAUACACAAGACUGCCUUCAGGACUCACCAUGGGCAUUUUGAAUUCAAGGUUAUGCCAUUUGGCCUCACUAAUGCUCCUGCUACAUUUCAAGCUCUUAUGAAUCACAUUUUUCAAGAUCACCUCAGAUCAUUUAUACUGGUGUUUUUUGAUGAUAUAUUGGUUUACAGUCCAACCAUGGAUUCUCACUUAAUUCACCUCCAAACCACAUUGGACAUUCUCAGGGCAAACCAGUUAACUGCCAACUUUUCUAAAUGCUCAUUUGGGCAGCCUGAGAUUGAAUACUUAGGCCACAUCAUUACAGGCAAUGGAGUUAUGGCUGACCCAGCCAAAAUCUCAGCUAUGGUGGAUUGGCCUGUGCCCACCAACAUUACAGGGAUGAGAGGUUUUUGGGUCUUACUGGAUACUAUAGGAAGUUUGUGA